CAGCCCCCGCCUCACGCCCUCCUCCCGCAGGGCUCCGCGCCCUCGCAUGGAGGCGAUGCCCUGUCAGACACAGCGGCUCGGCCCGCGGCCGCCCGAGGAGCCGCAGCAGCAAACGACGGCGACAGCGACGGCGACAGCGGGAGGAGGCUCCCGGUUGAUCCGCUUUGCGGAGCCCAGCGAGGACAGCGGUUGUCCCAGCCCGGACAGCAGCAGCAGCAGCAACGGGGUUGAGGCGGCGCCGGCUGCCACGCCGAUCGCCGCUGAGGAGAGCACCGCGGUGACCAUCGGGCCACAGCUGAAGCUGCUGCCGAUGAACGACCAACUCCGGGAGCUCCAGACCAUCAUCAGGGACAAGAAAUCCAGUAGAGGAGACUUCGUGUUUUCUGCUGAUCGUCUGAUCAGGCUGGUGGUUGAAGAGGGACUGAACCAACUGCCAUACACAGAAUGUACUGUCACUACUCCAACAGGACACAAGUACGAAGGCGUCCGCUUCGAGAAGGGGAACUGCGGUGUCAGCAUCAUGAGGAGCGGUGAGGCCAUGGAGCAGGGGUUGAGAGAUUGCUGCAGAUCCAUCCGCAUCGGGAAAAUCCUGAUCCAGAGCGACGAGGAGACUCAGAGAGCCAAGGUCUACUAUGCCAAGUUCCCCCCAGACAUCUACAGGAGGAAAGUUCUUCUGAUGUACCCAAUACUAAGUACUGGCAAUACAGUCAUUGAGGCUGUCAAAGUGCUUGUGGAACAUGGGGUCCAACCAAGUGUCAUUAUCCUGCUCAGCCUGUUCUCCACACCUCAUGGUGCCAAAUCCAUCAUCCAGGAGUUCCCAGAGAUCACCAUUUUAACCACAGAGGUUCACCCUGUGGCCCCAACACACUUCGGACAGAAGUAUUUUGGAACAGACUGAUGAUACACUCGGGACAAACACCUCAGACUGCAUGAUGGUACAAGAGGGUUUGGUUUGUUGUUUGUUUGGUUUUUUUUUUUUCUAUGUUCUAUUAUUGUCGAGUUGGCUGAGGGCAUGUCUAAAAAUCCUUUUGGCCAAAGGGAAAUACUUGACUUGGAUCAGUUCUGGUGAGUUUCUGCCUGAACAGGGGAUCAGGGACAGUAACCAAGCACUCUGCCAUGACACAGUCCAGCAUCUCAGUGUCGGAGUCGUACAAAUUGCUACACUCUGCUUUAACUUAUUUAUUCUUCUAUGAGCCUGUCUGGUGGCUGCUUGAAAGAGCAAAAUAAACCAGCUACAUUAUGAA